AUGGUUGUUUGCAGCGGCCGCAAGAUUCUAAGUGAAACGAUCGAGGCAACAAUGAUUCAGUUGUUGGGAAAUCAGAUUAAUCCAAAUGAUUUGCCCUUGGCAGAAUUGAAUGUGGCCAUUCAAGCAAACAUUGAUUUGUGCGUUGAUAUUGUCGAGAAGUUGGCAGUUAGUAACAUUUGUGAAUUAAUAGAGGAAAGAAUGCGCCCUCAGGUUAUCGCUCGUGAACGUCAUUCCGGACCAAAGCCAUACAUUGAUGAAUCAGUUUCGGACUAUUCGCUCCAUUUGCCUCCUCCUUUGGGAUUACCAACAGAUGGCUUACGUGAUGGCCAGCUCAAUAUUUACACAGGAUUCGGUACGAACUCCUAUAUCAUUCGUACUGAUCAGGCUCAACAAUCAAAUGUACCUGGUCCGUCGCAGACUCCUCAAUUCGCGGGGCCACAGAUUUCUCAACCCCAAGAUGCUGCUCCGAGGGCACCUGCAAAUGUUGUACCACCAGCGGCUCAAUUGACUCCGCAACAAGCUGUCUCUGCUUUGCAGCAAGAUGAACUAGUUUCUGUGGACCAGCUUUUCGGCAUCAUCACACUGAUUUGUGAAAAGGCUAUUCAGUUAUUGUCUGGUACGAGAGAGACCAGCUUGAGCGAAUUGUCUGCGGAUCAUCCUAUUUUGCAAACGCUUACUCAAGCAUUAUCACUUUCGCAAAGCAAUGCUUUGAAACACCCAGAAUUGUUAUUGAAGGUUGCUCAAUACGCAGUGAAUUGUUUGUUCACGCAAGCAAACGAUAACCCUAUGAGCAACGAGAUUUAUGUGGUGAUUUUGGAUAAGUUGUGCGAAUACUCCCCUUCCACAGCGAAAGAUGUUACUUGGUGGAUGGUGCAUUCUGUUGAUCAGCGCAAGUUCAACAUGCCUGUGAUUUUCUCAUUGUUGAAGGUCCAGUUGGUUGCACCUUUGAAGCUUGACAGUUCUAUUGGCAGACUCAUUGAAGAGUCUUCUAGUCCUAUGCUCGUCAAGUUCGCAUCGAGCUUGUUGUUGAACGUCUUCAGUUCGGAAGGCGCUCGUCCAAUUGCCUUGAGAUCUGAAUUUGCUUACACGUUAGAAGCACUCUCCAAAUAUACACCUGGCGACACGGAUGAGCAUAAGCAAGCUGCAGCCGCAAGGGAUGAAUUGUUUGCAAUGCUCAACAGCUCCAAUCUUCCUGCAUUACCAACCAGUGAAAAGAGGGCUACCGAGGGAUACACCCAGAUGGGCUACAUUUUCACAGAGUGGGUGAAGCUCAUAGCUCAUGGUGACGCAAGCGUUGUGUUGCAGAAGGCGUUUAUUGAUAGGUUGUUCCACUGUGGCAUCUUAACUGAUCCGUCGAAGUUUGAGUUGUUCUUCAAAGCUGCAACGGAAAUAUCCACCACUGCGUUUGCUACCGAGCAUGAAAUCAGAAGCCGCACACAGAGAGAAGUCUUUCUCACCACAGAUUCUUUUGCAUCGUUGAUUGUGGCCAUCAUCUUGAGAUUCAAGAAGGAUCAUGCUCUGGAAGCAAUCGAGUACUUGAAGAAUAUUUUGGAUAUAAUAGUGGUGGUUAUGGUCAACGAGCACGAGACUUCAAAGGCUACAUGGAACGAAAGAGCAUAUUUCAAAAUAUUCUCCUCGGUUUUGUGCAUGUGGACGGAGGCAUCCAUUCUAGAUGCGAAGGCUACUGUUCACAUCGACUAUCUUUUCUAUCCUGUGCUUGGCGAAAUUUUCAACACGAUCCAACCAAUCAUUUACCCUGGUUUCACCUUCGCAUGGAUCUCUUUGAUUGCUCAUCGCAUGUUUUUACCUAAGCUUUUAGGGCUUCCAGAAAAGGCAGGUUACGGAGUUACAGUCAAAUUGUUGACUGCGCUUUUGAAGUUCCAAAACGUCUACUUGAAGGACGAUUCUGCACAGCACGAUGUAAUGAAUGUCAUUUUCAAGGCCAUCAACCGUAUAUUCACGGCGUUGGCACAUGAUGCUCCGCAAUUCUUGAUUGAUUGUCAUUACCAAUUGGUAACGGCUGUUCCUUCGAGCUACAUCCAACUCAGAAACAUUGUUUUGUCUGCAAUUCCAAAGGAUAGCAAGUUUAUGAGUCCAUUGGCGGUCAAGCUGAGCGUCGAUGAGCUUCCUGACUGCGAGAGUGUUCCAGAUGUGUUCUAUCAACCAAUAGAGGAUCUCGCCAAGGUUGGAUUGAAGAAACCGGUGGAGAACUUUUUAAGAAUUCCGGCGCCUGCUUUGAUGAGAAGUAUCUACAGCGGUAUGAAAUUGAACCAUCCGAAGGACAGCGCUGACUUUGGCUUUGACGUUGUGCAUUUCAACGUCAAGCUCAUCAAUGCAUUGGUUGUCCAUGUUGGCAUUUCUGCUGCAGAAGACAAUAUGCUUAGCAGCAAUAGACACUUCAAUGGAAAGUCGUCGCAGGCGUCUUUGCUUGCAGACCUUAUGGGAUACGGCGAUAUGGAGUUCAAAUACCAUCUUGCUGGAGCCAUUGCCAAUCAGUUGCGGUACCCCAACAUGCACACGCAAUGGUUUGUGAGCUUGGCACUUUACUUGUUCAGCGACGAGACUUUGUAUGCUACGAGUGAGGUGCACCAGCAAGUGCAAGAGAUCAUUACUCGUGUAUUGAUUGAGAGACAUUUGGUGAACAAGCCGCAUCCAUGGGGCCUCUCGCUACUUUUGACGGAGUUGGUAUCCAACCCCGCACACGGAUUUUUCAGCUUGCCGUUUGUGAAAAAUGCCAAUCCCGAAAUGAAGGUUGUGUUCGAUGCAUUGCCACGCGGCACAUGA